AUGUUUUAUGAAUGAUUCUAUAAAGCUUUUGUUUAUUGACGAAACAUUUUAGUAACGAUAUUCACUCCGAUGAGAAAUUUUCAUCAAAAUGACGUUUCCGGACCGGCGAGACCCCGAUAAUCCGAUUGUUUUCUUCGAUAUAAAGAUCGGUGGAUCGGAUCCAGAGCGAAUCAAGUUUGAACUAUUUGCAGAUGUUGUGCCAAGAACUGCGGAAAACUUCAGGCAGUUUUGCACUGGAGAGUACAGAAAGGAUGGACAACCUGUAGGAUACAAAAACUGCACAUUUCACAGAGUUAUCAAAGAAUUUAUGGUACAAGGCGGUGAUAUUUACAAAAAAGAUGGUACUGGUAUAACAAGCAUUUAUGGCGGACAAGCAUUUGCUGAUGAGAACUUUAAGUUAAAACAUGAUAGACCUGGCAUGCUCUCUAUGGCUAACAGUGGACCAAACACCAACGGUUGUCAGUUCUUCAUCACCUGUGCUAAAUGUGAAUUCUUAGACAGAAAACAUGUUGUCUUUGGGCGUGUUUAUGAAGGCAUGCUGGUACUUCGGAAGAUUGAGGCAGUUCCAACCGGUCCAAAUAAUGUGCCGAAAAUUCCAAUCGUUAUUGUGCAAUGUGGAGAAAUGUGAAUGGUUGUCGCAUUCGAAUGUUGCUCAUGUGAACUAGGAAGUAUUUUACCGUGAACAUGAACUCUCAUUACCAUAAUCUGGAUUGUUUUCUCAAAUCUGGUUGAACCACAACUAUGAAUAACUGGUCAGCCUACACAAUGAAAGUGAAAUCACAGCUCUGGACUGAGGAAAAGUCAUUCAUUAGUGGUUGAACUUUGCAUUUAUUUUCAAGAUGUCGGAUGUAUCAUGCAACUGAUGACCUUGGGUCAUUGGCUUUUUAUAAAUAAAAUCUUUCUUAAAUAACUUGUGUGUGCUCCUU